AGUUAGAUGGGCGGUCGCGUGUUGAAAAGAAAAAUCCCUUCGGUACUACUCAAGCUAUCAUGCUCCCCGUUAUUGGUUGUACAACUUGGCGAGCGAUAUAGACCACCGCCUGACACAAGAAUUUUGAAAACCGCGAGUAGAAGGCGUAUGAUUACCAGAACGACGACGUGAUCAACAACACAUAAUAUAGUAAACUCGGCCUGGACCUCCACCUUGUGCUGUGGUGCCCAACGAGGAUGAAACAAAUUUGACAAAUUUGAGAGGACGCCACCUGAUGUGAUAUUAUAUUUCUAGAACUCCCGCACACGACCGAAAAUAAACAUGAGCGGCGACAUCUUCGACCUCUCGAUCAUUCCUCCGCGUUCAUCUUCUGCAGCUCCUGGAGGAGGGCACAGUUCUUACAGUUCCAGAACUUCUCCCACCAGCAGCCCGAGCAGCAGCACUGCGGUAGAUGAUGAUGAAAAGGUCUCAACAACAUCAAGAACAAUUUAUCGGGGCCGCGAGGAUGUGGAAAAUGAAACCGUAAAAAAUUUCGAAGCGACUACUUCCGAGAUGACCAGCAGAAGGACCUCCACGAGGAACUGCACUUCUUCUACCUUGUUCACCCCGCAGAGCAGCUGCAAAAACAGCAGUUCCGCCGCUCAAGCACCUCCUCCUGCUCUGCGCAGCCAUGUAAAAAUGCCGUCGGGCGGGUGGGGUUGGAGGUGGUGGUCACAGUCACAGUCACAGAGUCCAUGUGCCUGCGGAAAAUCUUCAGCUUCUUCCCGCGGAGGUCAUCUAUCGCGCUGAAAAAAACUAUCACUAUCACAAAAGCGCCGUUUUUCGACCCAAAAAUGCCACUUUUUUUACAAAAAAGCAUCAUUAUUUUUUCAUUUUUUUUCUCGCCGGCGAGGUAAGACCUGAGUAGUGUUUUGAUUGAUUUGGAAUGAUGAAUGUCAGAAGGUAGCUGGUGGCCGCUUGUGAUGAUUUACCCAGCUAACAGGAGAGAUCUGGCAAGACGCUUUCGCUUGCAGGUUGAGACACUUGCAGGCUGUGAGCACCGACAACCGAAUACCACCAUCACAAUCCCGGUCAUUUUUGAGGACGGCGAGAGCUCCCGCCCCAUUCGUUGCGGCCCAGUCAGCCAGCGCCAUGAGGGCGUGGAAGCGUGUCUCCACCAUGCUCGUUCACGACGAGUCUGGAGUUGGUGGAUUUGGUGGGUAGCGAGCGACUUUUCUAGGGCUCGUCUCUCAGACCUGCUCCCAGAUGGAUCUGGGGGCUCGAAGGCCAGGCCUGACAUCCGGAGCCUCCAGGGGCUAGGCCAAAGGCCACAACCUUUGGCAGAAAUGGGUGAUGGCGCAAGCACUAAUUUUUUUAGUGCUCACAUUUUGAAACUUCCUUGAUUUCUCUUCUCCGGGGAGGUCAAAAAUUGCGCUUUUUUGUGUGUGAUAGUUUUUUUUAGCCACGACGCUGUGGCGAUUUUGGGUUCCUUUUUGACCUGGGCCAUAGCAUCGUGAUUAGCAUUUUUAAAAAAAGCUGUUUUUCAUUGUUUUCGCAGCAUUAGCUCGCGCUGAAAAAAACUAUCACACCACACUUUUGGCCGAUUUGUUAUAGAAAAAGUGCAAAAAGGUGCGAAGUUGGUAUUUUUUGAGUGCCGGAAGUGAGUGUGAUAGUUUUUUUCAAACACGACGGCACGGCCCACAUAGGACCACCGUCAGAAAAAAAACUAUCACAGCCAAAAUGGUCGACUUUCCGGGUUUUUAAAAUUCUUGAAAAAAUUUGCGCGCGCAGUGUUGAAAACCAAAAAAACCCGGGGAGGACUGGCUGUCGGCGGCCAGGUCCAAAAAAUGGUGUGAUGCUUUUUUUCAAACACGACCUGAGACGGGCGAUCGAGCCCCACUUUUUGGCCGCCUCCAGCCUCGCAACGGAAGGCAGCUCACCCGCCACCGCCGGAGCAUCAAAUCAGCCCAGGUCUGAAAGCUGGGAAUCAGGUCCAAAAAGGGGUGUGAUAGCGUUUUUCAAACACGGUGGGAGAGUGGCGAUGGCCGCGCACCUUUUGGCCGCCCCCCCGCCUUCAGCCCCGGGCCGGAAGGGGCCGACCCGCGAAGGCCGGGGCACCACCAAGGGCUCGGGAGCUCGCCUGCGGAGCGAGGGCCCGGCCCGGCCUUCCCUUCGGCUCUCCUGUUAGCUAUGACAAUCAUCACAAGCGACCACUAGCUAGCUAAAUAUAUCAUUCAUUAAUCGCAACAACAAUAUACCAGGUACAAGGAUCGAGCCCCAAUGCGCCGCAAAAAAAAUCAAGAAAAAAUCAAUUUUUGCCAAAAAAUGGGUUUUUGUGAUAGUGAUAGUUUUUUUCAUGUGCCUGCGGAAAAUCUUCAGCUUCUUCCCGCGGAGGUCAUCUCGUCUCGCAUGAUGUUCCACUUGGCGGUGGUGGGGCGAGAGGACCACGACCACUAACUACUGCCUGUUCCACUUCUAGUACCGGGGUUUGCAGUAGUACGUGCUCGACGCGCGGAACAGCACGACGGCGUCACAAAAAACCGGUUCCAACCUCCACGACGACAGCAAAUUGUUCUUGUACAUCAACCUGGGAUACGGAUAGAAGUCGGGGGCAAGAACAAAGCGAAAGGCGAUCCUUGUUCUCACGACCUAGUUCCUCUCCACGACCUCUGCGGGCUUUGACUGGAGCCCCCUUCAGGACCGACGGACGAGCAUAUCAAAUGUAAAAAUGUCUGGAUCUGGAAGAGUGAGCGACUUGGCAUGCAGCUUUUCCAUGACCCAGGAGGUCUGGAAUGCAGGACCUAGCAUGACAGAUUCUGCGCGACCUCUCUCAUGCCUAUCCUGCACGAGAAACCCCCUCCCGACUUGGUCAAGAAAACUGGACGACUUUUGGUAAUCAUGCAACGCAGAUGCUUGCUUGUUUCAGAUUUCGCAUGACAAGUUGCAUUCUUCCAGACCCAGACACUUUUACAUUUGAUAGAGCAGCGGACGAACCAAGAACAUACGGUGUGGUGCUGCCUGGACGGGGUAGUCGAACAAAGAAGACUACACGCGGAGCCGGAGGUGAUAAAAGCAGCACGACGUCAUCAUCAAAGAUAUUAAACCGGCGACGUCGCAGUGAAGACCGGCUACAACGCUCUCAUCUCCCGCCACAUCUUACCCUCCACAGUACGACGAGUUGUACAAGGACGGUUCAAUAUCUACCGGUUUUUAAAAGUAUUGCCGUAAUUCAUCUUGCCGUCUUGGUAAACAUCAUGGUCCUGUUGCUCCUUUAUUUCCUCGUUUUACCGCACUUCUACUUGAUCCGCACGGCCAUGGCUUUUGUGGACUUUAACUUCGGCGAAAUCGGCGACCACUUGGACUCCGCACAGUUCGACCAACAUUUCGGCGAUGCAGACCUUCCAGACGUAUGCUUUGCAAAUAUCGAUCUGGGUCUGGAUCUGUGAUGCGAGAUGAUUUAAAGGACAAAAAGUAAAAGAUCUGCAGUGCAUGAACACGACUGCUUAUUUUGUUUUGUCAUGCUGGAAGCGAGUUUGUCAUGCGUUCUGCGCAUAAAUAUGCUACAAACAAGGAAGCGUGGAAAUCAAGACCUUCUGAUGCUAUCAUGCCGUACCGGCACCCACUGUGCAAUGCCCAAUGUCAGCAUCACAAGUUUCCGGACCCAGAUCACGAUAUCUGCAGUGGAUAAGAUGGCGCCUUUGAUCAUUUCGACAUCGACAACGAUGGCACGGUAUCCUGAGCAAAAGUACCGUACUCGUAUUGCAAUCAUGCAUUACAAAUCUUUUUCUUGAGGUAGAUCAGCAUUACAAAUUUUAUUUCUCGCGCUGAGGAUUAUAUGCAUUUAUACGAGUGCGAUACUUUUGCACUGCAUACACGGUGGAUCCGAGCGAGAUGGAUUAUUGGGAUGCGGAUUAUGCAUCGCAAAAGUUGCGUACUCCUAGUAGAAAUUGCAUCACAAUAAAUUUUGCCAAGAAUGAUCAACAUGUGAAAAGUCGGACUGAGUUUGGCCAUGCUGAAAAAGAACCUCUAGAAAAUACCCUUGUCAUGCCUAUGCAUGGUUGCAAUUACUACGAGAACAAUGACACAGCUUUUGCAGGUGAUAAGAGUCAUGACAACACAAUCAGCGCGGACGAGUGGGAACACGUAAGCACGGAUCCAGAUUACGAAGGAGGCACCUUAUGCAUUGCAAAUAUGUCUGGGUCUGGAAGAGGGCAAGAUUUGUCACGCAUCUCGCGGAGACCCCACAUGGUCUGGAAUGCACACAGAAGCAUCACAGAUUUUGCGCAACGUUCCUCAUGCCUGUUCCGCAUGAGAAGUCGGGCUUUUGCCUACCAAGAAGUUGGCAAAUUUGGGGGUUCACGCAACACAGAUAUUUUUGUGGUCGCGACUUCGCAUGACAAGUUGCAACCUUCCAGACCCAGUAGACAUAUUUGCAGUUGAUACACCUGGGACGGCUACCACGACGCGGGUGGCGAAAUGACGCACGAGGAGUGGAACGAAGCCGCCGGCGAUGAUGGUCAUCUGUCGUAUAUUACCAUGAAAAAUGCCCCCACCCCGGAAUUGGCAGAAGUUUCUCAUACAUAAGGUUUUCAAAGGAGAGUUUUUUGUUUUGCAUGAUAGGACUGCGAGCCUGCUUUUUGAUGCGGAAUCUGGGUGCGCAAUGUAUCUUUUGCAUAACAGAUGCGCCUGCUGUCGGGCUCCUUUGUACUAACCCAAAUUUGAGCUAUUCAGCAUGGGAAUAAAUUUGUGAUGCUGGUACAUGCAAGAAGGGGAAUGUUUCCACCAUUGGAAAGAUUUGCAAUGCAAAUGCUGCCAAGUUCUGGGGUGGGGGCAUUUCUCACUUUAAUAUCGUACACGGAAGCCUAUAAUCACUACCCGGACGAGGCGGCGGACGCAGACUGGGGCGAAGACGGGUGGAAUUAUGAGGAGUACCACGACCACGCACAGAGCGGUGACCUCGGCGACUGGGAGAAGGAACACGAGCUCUCAGAGGCCGAUUUUAAUCAGCAUCUCGGCGAGGAUAAGCACAUGGACCAGCACGAGUGGGCGGAGGCCCACGGAUACGAACACGAGAGCAACCCGGAACACCUCCAUCCGCCUACGGAAGCAGCAGAUGCAGAUGCAGAGGCUGAAGCUGAACACAGGGGCGGAGAGGCAACGCAGGACGAGGCAGCGGAAGCUGGCGAGACAGGGGCAGACGAAGAACGGGAGGCUGAGCACGACGACGAGGAUGCUAACGCUGCGGACAAAGCCGGGACGGAGACUGAAGAACGCACUGCUGGCCAGGACGGCAAUCCAGAGGAAGGCGAGGAUGCAAAGGCCGAGCAGGAGGAAGCCGCCGAGAAGGAGGGAAAAGAGGAAGAAGAAGCAGAAGAAGCAGAAGAAGCGACGACCACGACCACCGAGGCCCCGGUCACCUACGAGGAGUAUCAAAAGAAAGCUGAAAAGGAACACGACGUAGACGUGAACGAGUACAAUGAACAGAAGGAAGCGCUCGCGAUACGCAAGUGGACAAGAGCUUCUAGUACUCCCCGUCCUAUCCCCCCCACCGUAAAGAUGCUGCGCAUGAUCAUGCUCUUCUACAGAAAUUUACAGAAGUAGCCUCUGUAUUAGAAAAAAAAGAUCCGCGCCGCCCAGACUGUAGCGUAGUUGAAGCUCGAUGCAUUUUCGCGGAACGUGUGGUCAUGCGAACAUGGCUAGGGAACAAACCAGGCCCAGCAGAUAAGGAUUAGCCUUGCCUUUUGUUUUUGCAUGACAGACAACGGGGAGGAGGAAAGUUGUCCAGUUUCAUACGGGGAGGAAGGAGACUACGAACACUACAAGGAAACGUGGGAGAACGAAGUAUUUUGGCAUACAUUCGUUCCAGAAAGAUGGUGUGGAAGAUCGAAGUGAAGAUGAGAUGAAAGUAGAACUACUACAUUUUGUUUACAAAAAUACACACAGCCCGGGCAUUAUCCAGGAAAAAAACUGUGUAAGUGUAUCUUUGUAGGAAGAGCAGCAUCACAAAUUCGCUUCGCAUUACAGAAAAAAGCUGUCAUGCGCAUCUAGUAUGUGAAAACACGUAUGAAACACGGCUAUGACGCACUUCCAGCAUGACAAGUGUAACUGUUUUGCAAUUUCUGCAUCACAGAUUUACAUUUACGCAGUUUUUUUCUUGCAUAGGCACGAUGCCGACGACCACCCCGUGUCGGAGGAACAAUUCAACGCCCUAGUAUGCUGCGCAAUACAAGUAACGGUGCGCGUACUAAUGAAUUGCAAUCACGCAUGACAAAUGUAUAUGCUUUUAUAGAUAAACCAGCAUUACAAAUUCAGCAUGCAAUUUCAAGCAAUCAAAUUUGUCGUGCAAUUUAUGCUACUAGUACUACGCUACUGCUCUUGCAAUUUAUACCCAGCCGAAGACCACGAAGGAAAACUGGCGCCAGAAGACGUGGACGCGGCGCAGGAAUCUUCCGCUAAAACAGCAUUUUUGGUCAUUGACCAAGAACUUAUGCAAUGCAAAAGCACCAUCGUACACAAAUUAGCCCAGCAUUAGAAAUUGAAUUUGUAAUGCUGAUUCACCUCGAGAAAGAAAUUUGUAAUGAAUAAUGCAAUUACAACGAAUACGAUAUUUUUGCACAGGAUAAAACUCUCCCACGAGCAAGUCAAGCUCCUCGAUGCCGACGGCGACGGUUCCAUCUCGGAGGCUGAAGUUAUGGCGUUCUCAAACGUUACAUUCUCAACUGUUGCAUGAAUUUGUAAUGCAAGACUAGCACAGGUGAGAGGCAGAACCUUGCGCGUCUUGCAUUACAGGUUUGGUGCGGAUGACAGUGCUAUUUAGCCCUCCGGGAAUUUGUCAUGCGAAGCAGCUUGAUCGUCUGGCGGGUCAUGGUCAUUUCGCAUGACAAAUCAUGUAACAGUUGAGAAUGUAACGCUUGAGAACCCCAUAGAAGUAGCGGCAGCGGAAGAUGAUGACAAGGGCCCGAUCGACGCCGAGCGGGCAAGAGAACUGGAGGAAGCCAUUCCGGAUGCCCUCGAAUCGCCCCCAGCACCAGAAUAUCCAGUGCAAAAGUAUCGUACUCGUACUAAUUGCAGACAUGCAUGACAAAUCCCACUUUCUACCUGAAAUAGCAUGACAAAUUGCAACAUUUUUUUCCUUGGGAAAACUAAAAUUUGUAAGCAAAACAUACUAAGUGCGAUACUUUUUCAGUGCAUAUAGAAGAGCCCCUGACGGAGGAACAGUUCAACGAAGUGGGUGAAGAACUCGGGGUAGCAAAUGCAAAUUUGUCUGUAGUCUGUUCGAGAGUUGUGAUGCAGGCUCGCGAAGGAUGAGCGAGCGAGCGACGAGCACGCUCCUGCAAUAAUUACGGGUAGUACAAGUACAGCCAAAUAUGCUUGACGUCGAGAAGCCUUUAAAGGGCCACGCCUUUCGUAUCCCGAAUGACGAAGCUCGUUUUGGCUUCGGACAGGGGUGCAAAGCUUUUCGGGCACUCCCAUCCAUGACAAACACAAGCGUGAUAGUUUUGCAAUCUUCAAUCUCCCAAAGGACGACCCAGACUCAGACACAUUUGCAAUGCAUACGGGGACAAAGACGGGGUACUCACCCAGGACGAAUUGGACCAUGCAACGCAGUAUGCAUUGCAAAAGUUAAAGUAUCGUACUCGUAUAAAUGCAUUACAAAUUUGAAUUUCCUUAGCAUGAGAAAUAUAAUUUUUAGACCUUAAGAAAAAGAUUUGUAGUGCGUGAUUGCAAGAAUUACUACGAGCGCGAUACUUUUGCAAUGCAUACGCACGAAGUCGAGAUUCCGGCCGACCAGGAGGACACACUGGGAAAGGUAGUCGUGCUAGUUUAAAGUGUAGCUUUCUCGUGAAAUUAUUUGUCAUGCAGACGUACCAUUGGUAUUUGUGUUUGUCAUGCAGAAACUACCUACACAAUGAGCAACGGAAGAAGUACAAAUGAGAAAAUUACGAACGACAUCGACAGCUCGACACGGAUCAUGAUGGGAAGAUUUCGCAAGUAUCAAAAGGAAAAAUCCCCCCUCCCCAUAUCAAAAACGAAAUUUGUGUUGCUGUAUUUGAGUACACAAAUCGUUGUGUAUUGCAGGAAGGCAUUGCAGUCAGAUCCCCAGGCUAUGUAGGGGCGUAUCGAUCUAGUUGCUCAGCAUGGCAAACGGCUGCCCUUUAGGCCCAGCAGCAUGGCAAAUCGCUUCCAUAAUGGGGGCGAAGCUUUUGCCCUUGUCGUCUUGCAAGACAAACGUGAUUUGUGACCUCAAAUCAGCAACACAAAUCUUCGGAAACAUGCCUUUUCGAUAUGGGGAGGGGGAGUUUUUCGCUUCAAUAGCAAGCAGACAUCGCAUAUCAAAAGGAAGAGCGCGCACCUCCACCGGAAGUUGGCUUACGAAGCUCAAGGAGAAGUUGCUUGUGAUGCAUGAAGUUUGUAUCCGCUUAAGAAACUGAACGCCUUGUUCUAUCUCAGAUUGUGGGGAAAACGCUUGGCGCACGACCAGGUUGUGGGGUAGUACUGCUACUGGGGGCGGCGCUUUCUGUCCUUCUGAUAUCGUGCUGACAAACGACCUCGGAGGCGACGAAAAGACAAAAGCGUUGGACAGCGUAGACAAACUGAUAGCAAGCGAGGAUGGAGGAGGUAUCCUGGAAGAGCUGCAAGCCCACAAAAGGGAAAUAGGCGCAGCGGCGGGAGCUGCCGCGCUUGUUGGCGCCGCUGGACUCGUAUGGGAGUGAAAGUACAAGAACCCCCGCGCCCCUCUUUUUCCAGGCAAAAUACCAAGUCUACUACCCGUUGGCCGCAGCCUCUUAGCACUACUUGCAUGGCAGAUCCGGAUGCUGAAAGAGCACGUAGAAUUUUUGGUUGAUGUCAGUGUGUCAUGCACAAGCUGCAUCUCUGCCAGAGCUUGUGUUGCUGUGGAUGCCAUCUAAAUGAGGGGGAGGGGGAGUUGUGGAAAAAACCCAUAAGCAGCGGCAACAAGGGGCGGAAAAAAGAAGGACCAGAAGAAGGAAGGUGAGGGCGAAUCAGGUAAAAAGCAAGCAUAUCAAAUGCAAAUAUGUCUGGGUCUGGAAACUUGUAAUGCUGAAUGGUCAAGUUUGGGCGCGCCUUGAAGCGCAGGGCAGCAUGACAAUUUUUCAAGCGCUUUCUCAUGCGCAGCACGCAUUACAGACUGCGAUUUUGCAUGACGAAAAUGUGGUGCUGCUUUUGGUGCUUUGUGCAAUACAGAUUUUCUAGGAAGGCGAUACACGCAAUAUAUACAGGCUCAACCUUUCCAGACCCAGACAUAUUUGCAAUGCAUAAAGCAGACCAGGAGGCUAGCCCCGAGACCACUGAGAGGGAGGACGAGAAACCAGCAACAGAACAGCAGGAGACCAGCCCCGAGACCACUGAGAAGGAUAUGAAACGCAAAUGUGUCUGGGUCUGGAAGAUUCUGAGAUUUGUCAUGCAGUUUUUCCAAGCUCAGCCAAGUCUGGGACGCAGGGCCCAGCAUCACAGGACGCGCAGCCUCUUUGUCGUGAUGCCUGUUCUGCAUGAGAAAUGCCCUCUCAGCAUGACCAGAAAUGAGCACCGUUUGCAAGUCACGCAACACAGAUUUUUGUAUGAUUCGCAACAUGCAUCACAAGUACGCAUUCUUCCAGACCCAGACAUAUUUGCAAUGCAUAAAGGAGGGCGAGAAGCCAGCAACAGAACAGCAGGAGACCAGUCCCGAGGGUAGUGAAGAGAAGGAAGAGGAUAUCCAACAAAAAAACUGUCUAUGUGUAACUUUGUGAUGCAGAAAAUGCAAAACUGUAUACACUUGUCAUGCUGGUUAUGGAGCAGAGGCCAUUUUCGUACGUGUUUUCAAGUACUAGCUACGCAUGACAGGUUUUCUGUGCGAUGCAGAGCAAACUUGUGAUGCUAUUCCUCCAAGAAACUUACACUUACACAGUUUUUUUCUUGCAUAGAGGAGGCUACAACAUCUGCAGAGAAACAAGCGGAAGACGACCGUGAGCAGGCCGAGGCAGGGGGAGGCGAGGCCGUCGAGGAGGGCAGUGCAGAAGGCGGCAAAGGUGACGAAGAAACCACAGGGGCCGAGGGCAAAGAAGCUGAGGAGGAAGCUGCACCCGAGGGCAAGGAGGGUCAACACGACGAAGAUGCCGAAGAAGAUAUGGUAGUGGACGGGUAGUUCCCGUGUAGCUGCUCCAACUUAGUCACCUCACUUCGGACGCACGGUGGUGCGGCAUAGUAAGUAUGAUCUCUGUCUUGUUCUUGAUGUAGCAGUAUUUGCAUGUGACAAUUCAUUGAUUCAGGAGGUAGCAAUGAGAAUAGUGCGAAGUAGGUCCGAGUGCGAGUGCCGUGGAUUUGUCAUGCGGACGUUGCAUGGUGCUGUCCGCUCCUUGUUGCAUACAGGAGCAGGGCGAACAACCAGAAGAGGAGCAUGCGGAAGCAAGCAAAGCAGAGCAGGGUGCACCAGCUGCCGAGGAGGCGGGCGAAGGCGAGGAGUCCGCAGAAGAACAAGAACCCGAGGAAGCCGCCGCUGGCGGAGCCCCCGCCGACGAGGCAGAACCAAAAGAAGACGAAGAGCCGCCCGCCCCUGCGGAAAAGGAAGAGGCGUCAGAGGCAGAAGAAGAAGAACCCGAGCAAGACGAGGGUCUGCAACCCCAACCGCCGGCACAGGAGCUGGAACCACAAGAAGACGAUAUCCUGAGUAAAAAUGUCCCCACCCCAGAGUUGUCGUGCAAAUCUGCAUGCCAAAAAAGUUUCUCAUGCGGAGCCCCAUGAGGACCGUUUUCUAAUCUUGUUGUGUUCAAUUUGUGAUGCUAGAAUCAGCAUGAUGUGCUACAUCUGUGAUGCUUCGAAACUAGCUAAACGGGGUUACACUACGAGGAUAAACUUGUCAUGCGAUGCAACCAGCUGUGACUGAUUUGUCUAGCGGAUUUCCCUUCUUGACUCUGGUGUGGGGACAUUUUUACUCAGGGUAGACGAAGAAGAAACCGCCCCGGAGGUGAACGCGGCCGAAGUUAUGCAUUGCGAAUAUCCCUGGAUGUCUGGAAGAUUGCAACUUGUCAUGGUAAAUCUGAAGCACGCAAAAAUCUGUGUUGCCUGAGUGCCAAAAGCUGUCCGCUUUUGACCAAGUUGGAACAGAGUUUCUCAUGCAGAAUCGGCAUGAUAGGGAUCUCACAGAAUGUCUGUCAUGCUAAGUCCCGCAUUCCAGACCUCAUGGGUCAUGGAAAAUCUGCAUGACAAGUCUACACUCUUCCUGACGUCCAGGGAUUUUUGCAUUUGAUAGAAGUAGCGCGGGCACAACGCAUGGAAGAACAAGCGCGACUCGCAGCGGAGCAGGAGGUAGCCUGUGCAAAAGCAUCGUGCAACUUGUUCUUUCUGGUUAUUGCAAUACAAAUUAGCUCAGCAUGACAAAUGAAGUUUGUCAUGCUGCUUUAGCUUGUUUGAGAAGAAGAUUUAUCUUGCAUGAGUGCGAGUAGAAGUAACACUGCGAAGAUGCUUUUGCACAGGAUACAAGGAACAGGCGCGAGAAAAAGAAAAUCAGCGGCAGAAGCGGGAGAAGGAAAAAGAAAAGGAAAUUCGCCGGGCGGAGAAGGAAAAGCAAGCUGCUUUGAAAGCCGCGAAGAAGGCGCGGGAGCGGGCAAAGAAGGCGCAGGAAGCGGAACAGCAGCGAAAAAAGGACAAGCGCGAAGCGGAAGAGCGGGAGGAACUGCGGCAGAAGGUCAUGGCAGAAAUCAAACAGUAUCAGAAGGAGGAGGAAAUUCGACAAAGGCUGAGCAAGCAAAUGCAGUACAAGUUAAAAAAGCGGCUGGAGCAGGCGGAAAAAGACAAAAAAGCAGGCAAGCGCAACGACCUCACCACGGAAAUACGGCAGGAAAUGUAUCAAAUGGAAAUGUGUCUGGGUCUGGAAGAUUGGAGGACUUGUCGUGCACAUUUUGCAUGAUCCACGAUGUCUGUGAUGUAUGCGCUAGCAUCACAUAUUUCGUGAGGGCUUGUUCCUGAUGCCUACACCGCAUGACAAAUGCGCCCAUCGUCCACGUAGCAAAAACUGGUCUCAUCGUGCUGCUUACGCAAUACAGAUUUUUCUAGAUUCCAAAGACAGCAUGACAUAUGACAAGUUUCAUCCUGCCAGACCCGGACGUUUUUGCAGUGCAUAAAAUGAAGCGAAAAGCGAAAUCGGAUGAGUUUACGAAAAUCGUCGAAAAGCCGCCGCGGGCAUGGACAGCUGCGAAGCCGAGUUUGACGACAGAGUCUGUAUGGAUUGUAAAAAUGUCUGGGUCUGGAAACUUGUGAUGCUGGCUGGCGUAUCAUGAGGAGGCCACAAGUGCUGGCCCAGCAUGACAAGUUUCUGAGCUUCUAGGUAUUGCCUAUUCUGCAUGACAAACUGCGUUUGUUUCUGCAUGACAGACAAAUGUGGCCCUUGGGUAACGUGCAUGACAGAUGUAAGAGUCAUGCCAGACAAGCAUGACAAACAUUCACUCUUCCAGACCCAGACAUUUUUGCAAUCCAUAGUCUGACGCGCCAGACGACUUGGACUACGUGAUGCAGAGCACCACCUACAUAUGAAACUGCACAAAUCCCCCUCCCCUCAUCGGUAUUGCAUGAGCAGCAAUACAAGCGUCGACAAGAAUGCGGGUUUAUUUCCAUGACAAAUUUAACCAGGAUUAUAGUGCUGUUUGAUCUACCAGAACCUGUCAUGCAAAAGGUGCCAAGGGGCAAAGGGUGGAUUUGGUGUUUUGCAUGACAAAUGACGGGGAGGGGGAGUUGUGCACUCUCAUACUACAGGACCUACUCCCGCGAAGUGUGGGAGAAGCAGACCGGGAUGAAAGUGAGAACGAAGGUCGAGUAUGGCAAGAAAAAAGUGAUACAGUUACACACUGUGUUGCAGGAGCCGCAAGACAGACCACCUUUGUCAUGCAAGAAAUGCUUUCCUACGUAUUUUCGUUGUCUUAUGAUCUUUGCAUUAGUGUCACAAAGAGAAAAUUUGUGAUGCAGAAACUCCAACAAAUGUGUAACUGUAACACUUCUUUCCUUGUUGGAUAUCGAGGAUGUUGCGCGCAGUAGAGCCAAACUGACGAGCAAGCAAAGAAGUAGUCGUGGUGCGGCGUCAUCAAAAUCCUCUAGCUCCUCUUCGUCUUCUGCGGCGGCGAGCAGCACUGUCGAGUUGGUGGACGAACCCAUCAUGUUUUACACACUCGAAGAUAAGGACCACGAUGGAGAACGGGACGAGAACAAGUCUCUGGAAGAAGGAGAUGAUCAGGUGCACGACCAAGAGCACCGCCCGAAGCAGAUGAUCACCACGCAGAGGCAGCAGGAACGGCGUAAAACAUCUCUUCGCGGGGCGGCGAGGACGAACAAGGGAGCGCAGCAGGAGAGCAGGAGCAAAGCAGCGUCUAAAAGAAAAACGGUACCGGCUGAGAUGAAAGAAGAUCAACAUGCGGGGACCACGACGGCGACCAGGGUGAAGAACAAAAAAAGCGGCCACGAAAUAAACCAGCAUCAGAAACUACAAGAGACCCGCGGCCCACUUGCAGUAGUUCAACAUCACGAUGUGGAAGAUGACGGCAACGACACGCGGGUCAGCUCGCGGCGAAAUAAAUCCGCCUUCCGCAGGAGGUCAUCGCGUUUCAAGAUCUCUACGUCCGAUCUGGCUAACUGGUUCGGACGGGAUAACGCUCGUGGGAAGAAGAUGAAGAAUGGCCGGCACGGGAGAAAUGACAAGGGUCGGCUGGAUAGUGGAGAUGAGAUGAACAGCAGAAGUACUGCUACGACCAACCUCAGUGCAGCACCAGCAGAGGAACUCUACUACAACUUCGUGACCAUGAUUUGCCUGUUAACAACAGUUCUCGUCCUGGGCUUCAUCUACUUUCGCAGGCGGAAGAAACCGAUUCAAGUAGGAGAGCGGGCAGAAGAUCAUCGUUUAUUUCAUCACGGUACUAGAACAACUGCGACGAGUAGGAAACGGACGAGGAGUAAAGGCCGCCGGUACAGUGGUCGUGUGAUCAUACCACCAGGAAGCAGCUACGACGAACCCUAUGACGAAUCCACCUACGAGGAGGAAACUUCUGAGAGCAACACAAACAACAUGUCGGGCCUCAGCAAGAGGAAAAAGCAACAGCAAAUGAACUGCUCAAGUACAACAAGAAACCCGAUGAAGUCUACGAAUGCGAAAGGUUCAUCUUUCGUCAAGAAGGGAAAAGAGUGGGCCUACGACUCAGAAGAUUCUGACUCGGGGGAAGAAGUGCCGGAGAGCACCAAUUCCCACUAUGCCAAUGUAUGAUGACUUCAACUUCUACUGCAUUUUUUCAAUUACGGAAUAUUAAAAGACAAAGACUACUACAGUAUCACCGCAUGACUUUUCGAAGAAGCAAAAGGAAAAUUAGCGAAUAUCAUCUAGCAUUUACUUGACUUUUAUUUACACUUAGGAAUACAGAAUUCAGAGAGUAUGACCAAGAGCAAAAAGCGGGCAGUGGCGCUAAAUGUAAUAUGGUACCCAGCAUUGUAAGUAUCGCAUACCAGCCAAUUUCGAUUUUAGAAUUUAACAACUCAACCUGACCUAGAGAAGCUUUGCUGACUUUCGAUAGCAUGAGCCGCUCUCUCAAUGCAGACUGUAACUUUUGUGGAGAUCAAUAGCGUUGCGUUUCACUAUGUAUUUGUACACCUAAAAAACGCCGAAUGAACCCAAAAUAAAGCAAGUUGUACAAAGACAAAACGGAUCGUUUCGCUUUGUAAAAUGAAACUGUAUAGUACCACUAAAAACAGAUGAUCCUCUGCUACGAAACACGCAUUUUUCCUUCAUCGGGAUGCAAAAACUUCGUAGCAGCUGUGAGGAUGAU